UUAGUAUCACUUGAACCUUUCAACGUAUAUUUUAUUUCAAAUUAUGUUGGAUGAAUCAUCAACUCUUUAUUUCAAACUAGUAUGAUUUUUAUACAUUUCGGGCUAAUAUGCAUUUUUUUUAAAAGCCCAUUAGUUGAUAUGAGCAAAGGCCCAAUUCCUUUUGUCAAGAAUCAUGUGCAAGGGAAAAGGAAAUCUUAGAUAUUUUCGCAGUGAGGUUUAAUUAUCUAAAUCCUAGUUCAUGAGAUAUGGCUCCCAAAAGGCCACGCUUCUUUUUACCUUCCAUAAAUUCUCUACUCUUUUACCCCAAUCACCACUUCGUUCUGCAUUCUUUACUGAAGAAACACCCUUUACGCCAAUCAUCCAUCACCAAUCAUCCUCAUUUCCUCCCGAUCAUUCGGGACAUUUUCUCCAUAUAUCACUCCAAUAUCAUCCACAAGGCAACAAACAAAGUACUACUACUUACUCAAGAAAUAGAAGAAAAAGAAAGAAAACUCAAACAAAACAGUCACAGAACUCAGUCUAUUCAAAGCUAGAACCACAAAACCACACCAAGGCUCAAUUGACCAAGAGGAUUAGCAUUGCUUACGAGACAAGUUACGUUUGACUUCGGACUUUGUCCAAUCAAGGAUGGACAUGGAAACAAGAGGACGUGGACGAGGAAGAGGACGUGGACGAGGACGAGGACGAGGACGAGGAAUUGCCCCGGAGCAGCCUGCACCACAAGUAGCACCAAAUCGUUCAGCAAUGGAAAGAUUUCGCAAAGAGAAGCCACCUACAUUUGAUGGUUUAGGCGACCCUACGGAUGUCGAGAAAUGGAUUAGAGCAAUAGAACGAAUUUUUAACUACAUCCGCUGUGAAGAUGAAGAAAAGAUAAUAUGCGCCACCUAUCAACUCGUGGAUGAAGCCGAUUUUUGGUGGGAAUCUGUAAGAAGAACUAUGACCGAUGAGCAAUGGGAGAAUUUCACUUGGGACGACUUUAAGGCGGAGUUAUAUGAAAAAUACAUACCUGGCUGCUAUCGCCAAAAGAAACAAAAUGAAUUCUGGAACUUGAAACAAAGAAACGGAACAGUCACAGAAUAUGAUCGAGCUUUUAAUCAAUUGUCAAGGUACGCUCCACAUCUAGUGGACACUGACGAAAAACGAGCAGAGAGAUUCAGAAACGGGUUACGCCCCGAAAUCUCAAUUUCCCUAGCAAGUCAGGGAGGUCUCACUUACGCACAAACACUAAGUAGGGCUCUCACCAUCGAGUCACUACUACCGAGAGAGAAAGGAAAAGCACCUGCACAGUUUGAACACGCGUCAUAUCCAAAUAAUGAAAAGGGAAAACGAAAGUGGAAUGAGAAAGAUUUCGAAAAUGAGAAGAAACCGUGGACAGAAAAUUGGAAUCAGAACCAGCCACAACAACAAUCUACGAUUGGAGAAAAACCCCUAUGUCUGAAGUGUCAGAAACCCCAUGCAGGUGAAUGCAGGAAGGGGUCCAACGUUUGUUACAACUGCGGACAAUUUGGGCACUUUGCAAUGGCAUGCCCAAACCCAAGGAAGAACGGGGGAAAAACCCAGCAACAUCAGAAGCAUGGACACUUAGCUAAUCAAUGGCCAUCAUACCAAGCUAGGAUUUAUGCCCUAAACCAAUGUCAAGAAGCUCAAGAUGAUGAAAACCUAGCAGGUAUGACUGUGUAUCUAACAUACCACUUAUAGUAUCACGAGAUGAAAAUCUUCGAUUUGAGAUCAAUCAUUUAGAACACGCAUAUUGUUCUAAAUUAAAGCAAUGAAGAAUCACUAGCUAUGAAUAAGAGUGAGACAAUCAAACGAUGGAAAAAGGCCACAAAAGAGUUGUAAGAUGGAAUGAAGACCUAGUAUUCCAAAUUAGAAAAUGAGUAUGCGAAUUUCGAGGACGAAAUUUUUUUAAGGGGGGAGGGUUGUAAUACCCCGAUUUUUACCAAUAGAAUAUUUUAAUAGAAAUUUUGAAUUUUAGUUUAUUAAGUAGUUAUGCCCGGAGAAAAAGAAAUUAGAUGUAUAUAUAUAUUCGUUUUUAAAUUCCAACAAAGAAGUUUUCAAAAGUUUUACUAAAUUAAGAUUAUUGAUUGGUGUGUGUUUAACGUUGUCAUGCGAUCACGUGAAUUUAUUUACACGAAUUAGAUAUGAAUAUUUUUGAGUUAGUAUCACUUGAACCUUUCAACGUAUAUUUUAUUUCAAAUUAUGUUGGAUGAAUCAUCAACUCUUUAUUUCAAACUAGUAUGAUUUUUAUACAUUUCGGGCUAAUAUGCAUUUUUUUUAAAAGCCCAUUAGUUGAUAUGAGCAAAGGCCCAAUUCCUUUUGUCAAGAAUCAUGUGCAAGGGAAAAGGAAAUCUUAGAUAUUUUCGCAGUGAGGUUUAAUUAUCUAAAUCCUAGUUCAUGAGAUAUGGCUCCCAAAAGGCCACGCUUCUUUUUACCUUCCAUAAAUUCUCUACUCUUUUACCCCAAUCACCACUUCGUUCUGCAUUCUUUACUGAAGAAACACCCUUUACGCCAAUCAUCCAUCACCAAUCAUCCUCAUUUCCUCCCGAUCAUUCGGGACAUUUUCUCCAUAUAUCACUCCAAUAUCAUCCACAAGGCAACAAACAAAGUACUACUACUUACUCAAGAAAUAGAAGAAAAAGAAAGAAAACUCAAACAAAACAGUCACAGAACUCAGUCUAUUCAAAGCUAGAACCACAAAACCACACCAAGGCUCAAUUGACCAAGAGGAUUAGCAUUGCUUACGAGACAAGUUACGUUUGACUUCGGACUUUGUCCAAUCAAGGUUGAUCGGUUGGUGCAGAUGGGGCUGAGCUGAGGCUAGGGUUCCACGUUGUCUUUUGCUUCCGCUAACGACUAGCUUGUUAUCUUGUCUUUCAAUUCCCUAAACUAAGAACUUCUAUUAUAUGGUGCAGUAUUAUCUUAUUGAGCUUAGACUCUUAAUUCGUAUUUCUAUUAAUGAAGCCAUCGUUGAUUAUGA